AUGAAAGCGACCAAGUGGGAAAACGGGGGAGAAGAAGGGAGCAAUGACAAAGCUUUACCGAUGAAAUUUCCUUACCUUCCUCAGGACAUGAUCACAGAAAUUCUCCUUCGAUUAGAUGCUAGAUCGUUAGGAAGAUUCAGAUGCGUAUCAAAGCCUUUUUGCUCUCUGUUGUCCGAUCCCACGUUUGCGAAGAAGCAUGUAGAUCAUAACACGGUACGUUUUGGCCACCGCAGACUUAUCAUAUCUUCUUAUAAUAAUUUAUAUGCGGUGAAUUGUGAUUCCAUCCGUGAUGGUCGUGGAGGAAUUAGGGAUUUGACUGCUGUGGAACUCGAUUAUCCGCUUAAAGAAGAUGAACUUUUCUUAUCGAAAUUGAAACCGAAAGUUGUUUAUAACUUUAAGUCGAAUAGAAACUUUAGGAAUACAUAUUAUACAACUUAUACAAGACGUCCGGUUCAUAUUUUCGGAUCUUCGAACGGAAAGUUAGAAUCCAAGAAACUACCGUACGUGGUUGGUCAGUCUCGGCGUUCAACAGUUAGUAAAAGUGGGUUUAGUUAUGGUUUUGGUUUCGAUUCUCUGACCAAUGAUUACAAAGUGGUUAAGCUUUUUGAUUGUAGCGAGAACGUCGACAAUUAUGUCUACUCACUGAAGACAGAUUCGUGGAGGCGGAUAUGCAAUAUGCCUUAUAAAGAAGUCCCUUUCACUUCUUCUGUGGAACUCAACGGUUCAAUCCAUUGGAUUCCCGUGCUUGGUGGAGAAGAAACUCAAAAUGAGGUUACGGCGUUUGAUCUUAACACAGAGAAGUUACGAGUUAUAUCAAUCCCUGAUUUGGGCGAGGGAUGUGAGCAUAACUACGGAAGAUGUAUUGUCAGUACUCUUAAAGGACGUCUCUGUGUGGUUCAUUGGUGCUUCAAGAUACAUGAUGUCAUAUGGGUAAUGAAUGAGUACGGGGUCGAGAGUUCAUGGACUAAGAUUCGAAUCAACGUUUCCUUCGAAAGCAUGAAACCACAACCACUUUGUUCGACCAAGAAUGACGAGGCGGUUUUGUUACUCGAUGGACACUUGGUCUUGUACAACUUUGAGCGUAGCACUUGGAGGACUCUGAAAAUCCGCGGUGUUGAAUCCGGCAAUACGUACACGUACGUGGAGAGCCUCAUAUCACCAAACUCAUACGGUAUAGUAUAG